GUGUACGCAAUCAUCAACGCGUGAUUCAUCUCCCUCUUCACUUGUCUUCCCUUCGCGCCAUCGCCAGCCCGCAAGCUGCACGCGCAAGACAAAGAGCACCAUCAUCGCAAUAGCCUCACACACAAGUUCACAAACGCACAACCUGUUCGUCAACGCAUCAACACAUGCGCGCGCCGUCGAGCCUGGGACUGUGGCUCACCGUGUUGCAAGCCGCCGCCUCCUCGCACGCAGACGGCUCCGCGCAGCGCCCCCUCUCCAGCGCUGCAGCAGCUGCAGCACCCAUAGCCAUGGCAGCUUCCAACCCCAUCGACAAGCUGGCCGUCGCCCUGCACCAGACGGGCCGCUCGCCCCCCUCGGUGCGCGCCACCGUCACCAACAACAACGACCACCCCGUCACCGUCCUCACCUACCAGUCGCCGCUCGACCCGGCGGCCCUCGCGCUGGGCCUGCUCGCCAUCACGCCGGCCGGCGCGUCGCGGCCGCUGGAACUGCCCGUCGUCAAGAUGUCGCGCCAGUGGCCCCCGCGCGGCGACGCGCUCGUGUCCCUCGACGCCGGCGCGAGCGCCAGCCGCGACCUCGUCCUGGAAGAGCCAAAGGUGCCCGCGGACAAGCUUGGCGAAGAGGCGACGGUCGUGUUGGAGGGAAAGUGGAUGGCCGUGUGGCCCAAGGCCAGGAGCGAGCUGAGCGAUGAGGAGAUUGACAAGUCCACCCAGUAUGGGUUUUCUCAGGCAUAUAAGACGGAUGAGCUUGCAAUCAAGAUUGGAUAGAGGCUGUAGCGAAAUUUGUAAUUGCAGCAUGUAGCUAAAUAAGUCCAUGUUUACCCGGCGUAGACUCCGGAAGACA